UGGUCUCAUAUUAAAUCAGUCUGUUAUCCACUGCCUGGUUUUAUUGCGUCAUACGUAACUGGCGACGAGUUUUAUCGAUAUUUCACUAAUAAUAGUUAGAUUCAUAGUGAUAAAUACGUUUCAAAGUCUUUAUUGGGAACAUGCCUUACGGAAAAAUUGAAAGUUUCGAUUUGUCAUCGCGAAAGUGGACGAUAUACGUAAAUCGUGUAAAACAAUUUAUCGCCUUGAACGAAAUUAAAAAUUCUCUGCAUGUUGCCACGUUAAUAACCGUAGUUGGAGAACCAACCUACGAUUUGAUGUGUGAUUUGUGCGCGCCCGAUAAACCGGAGGAUAAAACGUUCGACGUACUGGUUGAAAUAGUAAAGAAGCAUCUAGAACCCAGGCGUUCGGAAAUCGCAGAACGGCAUAUCUUUCGUCAGCGGCGACAAAAGCCGGGUGAAGAUUUGAGUUUGUAUUUACAAACCCUUAAACAUCUGGCUAGUACGUGCAAUUUUGCUGAAAAAUUGGAAGAAAACUUAAGAGACCAGUUCGUCUCGGGGCUUGUUAACGACGAGAUGCGAAGUCGUAUAUUCGCGGAAACGGACUUGAACUACAAGAGGGCAGUGGAAUUGGCGCUGGCGCUGGAGGCGGCGGAGCGGCACGCGGAGGCAAGCGGCUCGGGCGGCACGGCGCCGGGCGCGGGCCCGCACGGCGCGGCGGUCGCGGGUGGCGCCGGCGCGGCUCCUGUACAGGUGCAUAAGCUGGACGCGGCGGACAGCGGCGGGCCGCGCGGCGCGCGUCAGCGGCAUUGUUGGAGGUGCGGGCGGCAGCACCCGGCCGAAAGGUGCAAGUUUCGGCAAUAUACUUGUGAUCUGUGCAUGGCGAAAGGCCAUUUAAAGAACAUGUGCAAAAAUGUGAGUGAGCGUCCUAGUCAGUUUACGAAGAAGAAGAAGAAUCAGUUUUUUUUAGAAGCUGAAACGGAGAACGACGAUAGUGAUUUUUAUAACAUACAGGUUGAUGGCGUUGCGGAUAAACCGUAUGUAGUACAAAUUUUUAUACAAAGUGUCCCUAUAAAUUUUGAAGUCGAUACGGGUAGUAAAAUAUCAGCAAUCAAUGAACAUAUGUUUAAAAUGUAUUUUCAAUCUUGUGAAGUGUUUGAAUGUAAUUUAACCUUAAGGUCCUAUACGGGGAAUGUGAUCAAACCCAUCGGUUUUAUUAGAGUUCUAGCGCGGUAUGUUAAUUGUAAUGGCGAGGAGCGCACGGCGCGGGCGCUACCGCUGUACGUCAUACCGGGCGGUGGUCCGCCGAUACUAGGCCGGGCGUGGCUGCGACAUUUACAGCUGAAUAAUAUCAGCAUAAGGUUAAAUCAUUUGGGACAACCGAACACGGUUGAUGAGACGGAGCAGAUAAUUUUAAAUUUUAAACAAGAAUUUUCUGAUGUUUUUGCCCCCGGAUUGGGUACUUGUACUAAAAAGUUUUCGUUACGGCUGAAAGAUGAUGAACCAGUUUUUCAUAAAGCACGCAAUCUACCGCUAGCGUUGCGUGAACCUGUAGAAAAGGAGAUUCAACGUUUAGUUAGUCAGGGCACUAUUGUCAGAGUGGAAAAUUCAGAUUAUGGGACCCCAAUCGUCCCCGUUAUCAAGAAAUGUGGCAGUAUUCGAAUAUGCGGCGACUAUAAGGUCACUAUCAAUCCUAAAUUGAAGCGCGAACCGUACCCGUUGCCGCGCGUCUGCUACCUCGGUCAUAUUAUCGACAGGGACGGCCUACGGCCGGACCCCAAGAAGAUCAGAGCCAUUGCCGAAUCACCCCGUCCCACUGAUGUUCAACAGCUCAAGGCGUUGGUAGGUCUCGUUAACUAA